GCUCGAAUUGGCGUGAGAGAAUGCGUGGUGAUGCGACUUAAAGAUAGCAAGCGGUAGAAUUCGAAACGAUUCUGAUUUUUUUUAGGACUAAUCACGCCGCGCUUUAGAUCAGGUUCUCUUCUCGUCUUGCUCAGUUCAGAAAGCGCUCCCAUCCAAGGAGGAACAAGAUUAUAGUGAGUUGGUGACAGUGUAGUUCAGCUCCGAUCACAACAUAAACAAAGAAAAUGCCUGGAAUACAACAUGACAUCGAUAUUCCAUUCAAAAAAGCUACUUUCGGGAUGGGAUGCUUUUGGGCUUGCGAUGCUCUUUUUGGUGCACAACCAGGUGUGCUAAGAACUAGAGUCGGCUAUGCUGGAGGAACCCUGAUUGAUCCAGAAUACAGAAAAUUAGGGGACCAUACAGAAGUUAUAGAGAUUGACUACGAUCCAAAACAAAUAUCGUAUGAAGAACUCCUCAACCUGUUCUGGGAUAAUCAUGAGUAUGGCCUUACAACAAAUGUUAAAAAACAGUAUAUGUCUCUCAUCUUAUAUCACGACGAUGAACAGAAAAGGAUCGCUGAGAUAUCUCUGAAAAAAGAGGCACAUAAAAGGAACGAGAAGUUGGUCACUACAAUCCUUCCAGCUGGAGCAUUUUACCCUGCUGAAGAUUACCAUCAAAAAUAUAGACUGCAACAGCACGCCUGGCUUGUUGAAGAACUCGGUCUCACCUCAGAACUCCUGCAAAAAUCUCACCUCGCAGCUCGGUUGAACGGUUACUUGGUCGGAGUUGGCAAAAUGGAGGACCUAGAAAACGAUUCUGCAAGAUUAGGAUUACCGGAAAAAAUUGUCAGCUUCGUGCGAACACAAUGGCAACAGAACGAGGGUGGGAGUUUGUAUUGCUAAACAGUAUUAUCGAAUAAUUUGAGAGUCCUAUGGAUUAUUAUUCCUCUCCUGUAUAUUUUCAUACGUAUAAGAAAUUCUAUAUAAUUCAAAAAUAAACUUUCUGAACAAAAAAUAAAUGAUUGUAACAUUAUGGUCACUGCGAAUGGACUCAG